AUGGGGGAGACUUUGAAAGAGCAGCUGGCCAAGAUUGAAGAUGGGAGCAAAGCUGCAGCUGUGGACAAGUUACUGGCUGGGGAUGAAAUUGUUGGCAUCAACGAUGUGGGCCUCUCUGGUUUCCGACAAGAAGCAAUCUGCCUGGUGAAAGGUUCACACAAGACGCUGAAGCUUGUAGUAAAAAGAAGAAAUGACCUAACCUGCAGGCCUCACUCCUGGCACGCAACCAAAUUUACAGAAAGUCAACCUGAGACAGCCACGUCACACCUUUCCUCGUCCAAUGCCUGCGCUUCCUGGCACUCGCGCUAUCAUGCAAGUUGUUCUUCUCAUGACCUCUCAAACUCAUGGGAUCAGUCAAGUCUACAUCGCACUUCUGACCAAUUCAGCUCUUUGGGAAGUAUGGACAGCUGGGACCACACUCCACAAGUAGCCCAGUAUGGAAGACUUUCUUCUGCAAGGUCUAAUAGUAGUAUUGAUCAUCUAGGGAGCCAAAGUAAGCGGGAUUCAGCCUACGGGUCUUUCUCCACGAGUUCUAGCACCCCUGACCACACUCUAUCCAAUGCAGACACUUCUUCAACAGAGAACAUGCUAUACAAAGUAGGCCACUGGGAGACUGCUAAGCAUGGAAACAAGUCCAGCCAGUUUUUAAAUGACAACAGUGGAAUAGAGGACAAACCUGGGUAUUUGCCAGCUCCCAUCCAAUAUGAGAACAACAAAAGUCCUAGAAUAGAGGAACACCCCGAUAGCAAGCUGACUAGCUCUGGAAGAUCCAGUUUUGGACCUGUCUGGUAUGUUCCUGAUAAGAAGAAGUCUUCGUCUCCUCCCCCCCCACCUCCACCUCUUCGUAGUGACAGCUUUGCUGCUACCAAAGGCCAUGAGAAAGCCCAUGGCCCUGUGUACUCAGAAGGUGCCAGCACACAGCACUUUCCAGCCCUGAACUGGUCUCAGCCCAGGAGUGACUGGAACUUGGAAACUGUGGAGCAGCAGCGGCGGCCCUCCAGAGCAUGUGACAGGAGGGUCAGCAGUUCUAAUUAUAAAUCUGAUCUCAGUUCAGAAUACAGUUUUUCUUCAACUGGUGAAAGGUACAGUAGUAAUGCAGGAGCUGUGAACAAACUGCAGUCGUCCUUGUCUAGCACUGAUGUUCGGUUUGCACAGCCUGCUUACAGUUACCACCACCAGCACCAGUACAGUGAUGAAAGCACUUUUUUUCCCAAUGCAAGAAUCUUAGCUGCACCUAAAGAUCAGCAGCAUUAUCUGUCCUAUAGUGGCAUUCAGGAGUUACCUAAUGAUCAUUUCCAUGGCUAUAGUCCAAACCAAGCCAGUGUGCUCAACACUUCCUCUUCUUCGAACAGUGCUGCUGAACAGAAGGUGGACAACACUGGACAGAGCCGCUAUUAUUGCGUGACGGCAAAACAGCCUGCUCAGGGAAGCUCAAAGCCACUACAAUUCAAGGAUGACAGCUGGAAACCUGCAGUGGGGACUGAUGCAUCGCUUGGACCUCACGAAAAUCCUGCAGUUGUCACAAUGGUCCAAAAACCAAAAUACUGUCUACCUCAACAAUCUGUUGAAUCUUCACUGAAAGGGUGUGAGAACAGUAGUCAUUACCCAGUGGACAGGGAGGAAGAUGCUAGGUGUCCUGUAGUGGAAGAAGCUAAAAAACCCAAUCAUACUGAAAAGUCUGGACAAAAGAAAAACUUUGAGAGCAGCUCUGAGGAAAGUGAAACUAGGUAUUGUCAACAGGAGUUUGUAAAGGGCUCUGUCCUUACCACUGAAAACAGAUCUGCUCAGAAAGAUUUUAGGUGGGGUAAAGAUGAGAGUAGCAAGAUUUCUCCUCAGAAGACCCCAAUGUUGCACUCUUUAGCUCAGGAAGGGAAAAAACAGUCUGACAACAGCCCAGAGUUGGUAACAGAGCGUCAGGCCUCAUUUGACACUCACUUGUCUAAACAGGCACGAAGGAGUGAUCGUUUUGCAACAACACUGAGAAAUGAGAUCCAAAUGAGAAGAGCAAAGCUGCAGAAAAGUAGAAGCACUGCUACGUUAGUAGGGUCAUCUGAAACAGAGGAGUGCAAUGAGACCUGGAAGCCAGAUUCAGCAGAAAAUGUCACCGUGCCCCCAGACACUAACUUUACCAGCACCUACAAAGAUCACCUCAAGGAAGCACAGGCCAGGGUUCUGAGGGCGACGUCCUUCAAACGGCGGGACUUGGAGCCCAGCCCUGCUGAAUAUCUCCCCAGGUCACCCGAGCGGAAAACUGAUGCGUCUGGAUUCCUCGAGGCUACACAAGCUAAACCGAACCCUACAGGGAGUGGCACUCAUCACGUUUCUCGCAUCGGAGCCAGGAAGAGGUUCACAACAGAGCAAAAACUGAAGUCUUACUCUGAACCAGAAAAGAUGAAUGAGGUGGGAAUGUCAGAGGAUGAGUGCCAUGCUCAUUGCCGUCCAAAUACAUCUGAAGAAGCCCUGGGCUCGUUUGCAGACAGGUGGAAAUUUUUUGAAGAAACAAGUAAGCCUGCGUAUAGGAAACUGGCACAGAAACCAGCUCCCCACAGUCUUGCUGAGGAACAGCCUGAGAGGCUGGAUAAGAAAGCUCAGGGUGGACAAGAGGGAGAGGAGUCAUGGUAUGAGAGAAGAGGUCGGGCAGCCUCUGUUGGACUUGAAACUGCACAUGCUUCAAAAGAUAACGUCCACCACAGUAGCAGCAAUAAGGCUACUGAUAGGAUUGUGAAAUCUGAACAGCCACAGCGCCUGGGAACCUUUGCAGAGUAUCAGGCGUCAUGGAAGGAGCAGCGGAAGCCGAUAGAGCCAAGGAGCUCAGGGAGGUACCAUUCAGCUGAUAAUAUCCUCGAUGCAGGCCAUGAACAACAUGAGAAAACCCAGUACACCCAUGAGAGGUCUAGAUCAUCCCCUUCUACUGACUUCUACAAACAGGAAGUCUCAGUUGAAGUAAGAAGGCAAGCAGAGGAUUUAAAGGAAGAUGGGGAGCGUAUUUACUCUAAAGUUAACAAUCUGGAUGAAAGGAACAGCACUGUAAGGCAAGCUGACACAGGGGCCCAGAGGGAAAACCCACGGGAGAAGAGGGAUCAGCUGGACCAGAAUUUAGGCCACAAGUGGAAGGCAUCUGUCAGACCUUUGCAUGCGCGAGAGCCUACGGUUCUGCCUCACGAGAGCCGGGGGAGGUCUGGGACAUUGCCUAGUGAUUACCGAUACUCUCAGGAAAACGUGAACGAGAAGAGCAAGGAUCGCAGCCUGCCUCAUCUCCCCUGCUCUGAGCCACAGACCUUGAACGAGAACCACUUCUGUCUGUCCCGGGUCAAAGGAGAGGAAAACCAUCGAGUAGAGCCAGCGCUGCUGAACAAGAAGCGUGGGCCUGCUCCUCAGAGGCCGCCACCACCUAAAAGAGAUAAAUACAGGCGACCAGAUAAUUCUGCACUGUCACUUGGCACCUCGUCUGAAUCUCUGCUGGUAGCACCCAGCCGGCCCUUUCCGUCCUCGUCCCCCAGCUCUGCCGAAGCGCUUGCCAGUCACUCCUCUCUCUGUCAGAGCCCUGCAGCUUUCAAUGGAAAACUGAAGAGUGCUAAUCCACAGCAGCUCCAACAAGCGUCAUCCAAGGAGAAUGUUUGUCAGCACUUAGAAGAAAAAACGCACCUUAGGUCUGAGUCUGUGUUAUCUUCCAAGUAUCGAUAUCUUCAAAAACCUGGCAUGGAGACAUCAAGGUCCCCUUCUCCUCAGUUUGCACCACAGAAGCUCACUGAUAAACCUCCUGUGUCUGUACAGGAUGAGAACCCAGCCAGAAUUGAAAGGGUUAUAGACAACAAUACUACGGUGAAAAUGGUUCCCAUCAAGAUAGUUCAUUCUGAGAGCAGCGCAGAGAAGGAGAGUCGGCAAAGUCUUGUCAGUACUAUGGAGCCUCCUGCUUUACCCAGUGGUUUGGAAAAGGACCAAAUUAAAACACUCAGCACUUCUGAGCAAUCCUAUUCGCGAUUCUGUGCUUACACCAGGCAAGGUGUAGAGCCAGAGCCAGAAGCCAGAACCAAACAAGCUGACCCUCAACCAGCUGAAGAACCUGGGACCAACUUGAAGGACAGCAGUGCUGCCACACCAGCAGUCAGCUAUGUAAAGGCCAAAGAGAAGACGUUUGAAGACUGGAAGUCGGAGGAACUAGCCAGAGAAAUUGUGGGAAGAGAUAAAUCUCUAGCAGACAUACUAGAUCCUAAUGUGAAAAUAAAAACAACAAUGGAUCUGAUGGUUGGAAUAUUCCCUAAAGAUGAACACCUCCUAGAAGAAGCUCAGCAGCGCAGGAAGCUCCUGCCAAAAGUUCCUUCUCCAAAAAUUUCAGAGGAAAAGAAAGAGGAGCAGAGCGCACCGUCUGCCAUCUCCCUGACAACCAAUUCUACGUACUACAGCACAUCUGCACCAAAGGCAGAGCUGCUGAUUAAAAUGAAGGACAUGCAGGAGCAGCAGCAACAGCAGCAGAGUGAGGAUGAUUCUGAAGAUGAGCUGGAUCAUGACUUGUCAGAAAAGAAGCAAGAACUUAUUGACAGCAUUAGUAGGAAGCUGCAGGUGCUGAGGGAAGCACGGGAGACACUUCUGGAAGACAUCCAAGCAAACAAUAUACUCGGGGAGGAGGUGGAGUCCAUAGUGAAAGAAGUCUGCAAAUCAAAUGAGUUUGACAAAUUCAAGAUGUUUAUUGGCGACCUUGACAAAGUUGUCAACCUCCUGCUGUCAUUAUCAGGUCGUCUGGCCCGGGUGGAAAAUGCCCUUAAUAACCUGGAUGAAAAUACCUCUCCGGAAGAACGGCGGACAUUGGUAGAGAAGCAGAAGCUGCUGACCCAGCAACACGAAGAUGCAAAGGAACUGAAGGAAAACCUGGAUCGUCGAGAGCGCAUUGUCUUCGACAUUUUGGCAAACUACUUGAGUGAGGAGAACUUAGCAGACUAUGAGCACUUUGUAAAAAUGAAGUCAGCCCUCAUCAUUGAGCAGCGAGAGCUUGAGGACAAGAUCAAGCUGGGGGAAGAGCAACUGAAGUGUCUGACAGAUAGCCUCCAGCCUGAACGUCUCAAAUAAGAGGUCUGAGUUUGACCAAGGAUGUGAAAAACAGGAAAGAAGGAAGGGAUGGGGGAGUUUCCAAGUAUACAAAUGAGUAUCUUGGCUUGUCUGAGUGUCCGGUAGAGAAACAAGUGCACAAGAGAAAAAUAGCUCUCACAACAGCAAUAAUGCUCUCUUUCAUUUUUUUGGGAUGACGUAUUUAAUUUUUUAGGACACAUUUUUAUUGCUGGACUCUACAGCUGUUUCUCAUUGCUUAACUUACAGAAAACUCCACAGAAAAGGAUCGACUCAACCUUUCUGCUCAGUAAGUUGAAAGUCUGUGGCAGUUGUGCAUGCAAACAGCAACGUUUUUUAGAAUAGGUUGUAUACUUUCUUUAUGUUCAGAUGCUGAACAGACUGCUGGGAAACCCAACAGCAAUUUAUGAAUGCACACAAAUUUAGAAGCUCUAAAUUUAGUGGCUUUUUAUUUUUUUUAAAGACACAUUAAAUAGGGGAAGCGUGCAUCUUAUAGCUAAUAUAUUCAGAUUGCUGAAAUGUAGUGUCACUCUGAUCCUGUGGCAUCAGACACUUUUUUGUAAUAUUGUAUAUAGGA